UGCUGCUUGGCCUGCUGUGUCCUUCCAGCUCCACACCGCGUUAUCUCAGGGCCACAAUUUAAUGCCCAACGACAGCAGAGCGGACCUGAUUGCGUCCCGAAAUCGAAUGUUGCCUUCUGAACUUGCAACGUUGGCUUACGAAAGUUUGUGACUGUCACCUCCAGCACUCUGACUAAAACAUUAUUCUUUCCUUGCACAAUUGAGACUGCUCCUCCUCCUACUCCUCCUCGCUUUGCGAGUUGGAACAAACGGCAGGUCCUGCAGAAUCAGGAAGCAGAGACUGAGAGGGAUCCACCAGCCCAGGAGAAACUCGAUCCUGCUUGUUUCCUCCUUGACGGGUGCAGUAUGGGUGACUCCAGCUCUUUACUGCGUUUUCUGCUGCUGUGUUUGGUUACAGCAGAGCCCGUGUGGUCAGCAGCUUCCAAACUCGCUGAUGUUCACAGUUACCAGGUGGUAAUCCCCAGGAGGAUCCACACAAAGCACAAGCGAUCGAGUGAGGGUCUUCACCCUUCGGUUGUUCAGUUUGAGGUCACCGUGGAUGGCAAGCAGCGUGCUGUGUAUCUUGAAAAGAAUGAGCAGCUCAUUGCAAAGAACUACUCAGAGACACACUAUUUGAAGGAUGGGACUGAAGUGACGAGCAAUCCUGUCUAUCCAGAUCAUUGCUAUUACCAUGGUUACAUCAAGGGAGAAGGAGGAUCCUCAGCCAGCUUCAGCACGUGCGAGGGAUUCAGCGGCUACCUCAGCACAAAGGGACAAAGGUACGUGCUGGAGCCCCUGAAGGGCUCAGACAGGGACGAGCACGCACUGUACCAUUACGAGGAGAUAAGGCUCCCCCUCAAGACGUGCGGGGUGGUCAACACUUCAGAGGACAGCUCAGAGCCGAGAGUGGAAGAGACCUUCAGCUCCCCUCGUGAGAGGACCAAUUUUCUUCAAGCGAAGAAAUACGUUGAAAUGUAUGUGGUGGCUGAUAACUCAGAGUAUCGGCACUUUGGCUCUGUGGAAGCGCUGAGGAGCAGGGUGUUUGAGGCAGUGAAUCAUAUUAAUCUGCUUUACAAACCGUUGAGGACCCACGUGGCUUUGAUUGGUCUGGAGAUCUGGUCCAGCAGGGAUCAGUUCUUGGUUGAAAAGGAUUCUGGUCGCACGCUGACAAGCAUGUUGGAGUGGCGCAGAACGAAAUUGUUGCCGAGAAAGGAACAUGACAACAUUCAGUUCAUCACGCACGUGGACUUCAUUGGUGACACCAUCGGCCUGGCUCAAGUGAGUGCCAUGUGCACGGGAGGUUCUGGUGCUAUCAAUCAGGAUCACUCCAGAAACGUGCACGGAGUUGCAUCGACGAUGGCACAUGAGAUGGGCCACAAUCUGGGCAUGAACCAUGAUGAUAACACUUGCUUAUGUAAAUCUGAACCCUGCAUCAUGUCUCCAGUUCUGAGCUCAGUUCUGCCGACAGAGUUCAGUAGCUGCAGCCACCUGCAACUACAGAAGUUUGUAGUGACCCAUACAGCAACAUGCCUCCGCGAUACACCCGAGCAGGACGAGAUUGUGGCGAGGCCGAUCUGCGGGAAUCGCUUCCUGGAGAGAGGGGAGGAGUGUGACUGUGGAACUCCGGAGGAGUGCCUGAACCCAUGCUGUGAUGCUCAGACCUGCAGGCUACGAGAGGGAGUGCAAUGUGCUGAAGGCACCUGCUGCCAGGAGUGUAAGUACAAGGCAGCAGGCUCGUUGUGCCGGAGAGCGAAGGAUGAAUGCGACCUUGGGGAGACCUGUGAUGGCAGGUCAGGCCGUUGCCCUGAAGAUUCGUUCCGCCUCAACGGGACUCCAUGUAAGAGAAAUACAAGUUUCUGUUACAAUGGCAAGUGUCCAACUCACCAGGACCAGUGCGUCUCUUUCUGGGGAACAGCCGCCCAGUCAGGCCCAUUGAUUUGCUACGAAAGAAACAAACAGGGCGAUGAGUACGGCUACUGUCGGAAGACAGCGUCUGGUUUUCAAGGAUGUGCUAAACAGGAUAUCAUGUGUGGACAACUGAACUGUGUUGGUGGGAACAAUCAGCAGUCAGGCUUUAGCUACGGCACAAUCAGCUUCGGAAGGACUGUUUGCCGAGUUAUACUAGAUCGAGCUGGAAAUGCUGGCCUGGUGCAAAAUGGAACUAAGUGCGGAGCCAACAAGAUGUGUGUGAACUCCAAGUGUACUGGUGUGCCACUUGUCGAUGACUGUUCCAGCAAGUGCCCACCAUACGCGGUGUGUAACCAUCUACAGCAAUGUCAGUUCGAAGAAGGCUCCUCGGUUCUCGAAAGUGGACUCCCUACCUAUGCCAUCAUCAUUAUUGUCGUAGUGAUCAUCUUACUCAUCAUUGUGGCCAUUGGAGUGGGAGCUUUUGUACACAGGAAGCACACAAGCAAACCGACCGUCACACCAAGGACACAGCAGCAGCCAACAGCAGGACUGUCAAACCCAGUCUUCACUGACAGUGCCCCAGCCACACCGCGUGUGACGAGACCCCCGAUGCCAAAGGGCCAAGCGGUGGGCAUUCCACCUCCUCCAACUUACAACGCAGUGCCAUCGGCUCCUUUCCCCCCUCGACAGGGACCGCCUCUUCGUCCACCUGAACCAUCGGACAAGCCCCGUGUUCCCAGAGCUUCCCCAAAGCCGCCAGGAAUGAAACCUCCGCAGCCCCCCAACACCAAGGUGUUGAUGCCCCCAACCAGACCAAGGAACUGAAUGAUACCAGGGAGGAUGGUGAGCCACACAAAGCCUCGGGGAAUUAUCCUGUAACUGCUGCCCGCUCGGAUACACUGGAAAGCAUUGGAAUGUACCAAACCAAAGUGGAAGGUGAACCAAGAGUUUGUGCAGGACGUGUAUUCAACCCAUGGAGUUGUCAUUAAUGAGAGAGACAAAGUGCCGGGAAUGAUCAGCCUUCAUGUUCAGGAGGGAAGCUGGGAGAGUUUUUCGGGGACUGUUGUUGCGAACCUUUGGAACUGUACACAGGAUUCGCUGCCUUCCAAUGCAUAUUCGCUGCUUCUUUGGUCUUGGGGAACUACUUGCAUUUAAAGGUACCUCUCAAAAGUCUAUUUGUUUUUCAAUAAAAAGAAACUCUGACUUGCA